UUAUCGAGAAUACGGAAAAUGUGACAAGACCUCUGAUCCUGCAAUGAAAUGAAUCAAGGAAGCGAAAUAUAUUCCUCUCCGCGACGAACCUCAUCCUGGCGUGGCCGAUUCAUUGAUGGCGUCUGGCAUUGCGACUGCGAUCCACGACUACCAGCGGACCACUUCCAGACCAAAAAUGGUGGAGUAAAUCAUGGCCGAUGGUUUUAUACAUGCCAAAAACCGCAACCGCAACGAUGCAAGUUCUUCCUUUGGGAUGACGAUGCGCAGAUAAGGGAGAAACACACAUUGCUUGCGAACUCGAGAUCGGAGCCAGAUACGCCAAAGAAGAGCCCCUCGAAGAGUUUUCAAGUCGGCGGUUUGCUUACCCCAGGCACUGGUACCACUUAUGGAAAUAGUAGCGCGGUGAAAGCGCGAACAGAACCUCGGCGACGGUUGGAUUUUUUGGCACAGCAACAAACUCCUACAAAAGUCCGGAAAUCGUCAACUCUAUCAUCCGACGAAGAAGCGUAUAGUUGGGAUGAGAGUCUCGAUAAUGAAGCUGGUAAUCUACUGAAUAGGAGUAGUAGUAGUAGUACUGCUCGUCCCAAGCAACCAGUCUUUACGUCGAACAAAGCUCCACGAACAGCUACGAAUACAUCACCGAGCAAAAGGAAAUUGCAGGAUGUCUUUGACGACGAAGACAAACCCCCGCCUUACUCUGAAAGUGCACCCACAACGCAAUCUUCUAGUACCGCACCAAUCUCAUUCUCAUCAGUAGACGUAUCCGCAACACCCACUCCGCGACGAUACAAAGACGUGUUAUCAGCGCAGGGCGCAGCAUCUCACCAAAUCUCGGAUCUGGCGUCGAAUAUAUUGGCGAUUCUCGACCGCCACGAUGUGGUUAUUCCUACGAUUGCAAGAGAUGAGAUCGUCGCAUCGUUGGAUCAGCAUCAUCUCAAGACACAGGGUAUAAUUCGGGGUCGAGAUUUAUCGCGAAUGGCGCUGAAGAAGAAGGAUGAGGAGAUCCAAGCUCUCAAGGAGAGGAUUGAGAGGUUGGAGACAGAGCGGGAGAUGGAUAAAGUUGUUAUUUCGUGCUUGAGCGAUGAGAAUUCCAAGUAAGCUCUGGCAGAAUAUUCUUGCUAUAUCGAAAGUACUACAUAGUAUUUGUAUGCGAUCAUCCUUAUCUUAUCGGAAAUGUCACGUGCGCAAAAAAUCUCAGAUGUCGCUGCCCAAUCAGAAUGACUGACUCAUUCUUUUUUCAUAUUUACUUUUGUGUCAACCCCGCGUUGAUCGAAAGAGAUCAAGAAGAACAUAUCCACUUCU